AAAUCCUUUGUUCAGUUGUCUUUGAGUUGUCUUGCUGGAAGUUGGGUACUAAAUAUGCAAGUACACUAUUAUACAAUUCUCUAGUUACAAAUGCGAAAUAAAUUCACACGGUGGACGAAUAACAUUUUGUAUAACACGAGACUUGGUAUAAAGUUAGUAUACACACUCCAGCAGUAAUUACAAGUCACGUACCGGUCCAUGCAAUUAAAAUCCCGUCAAGGCCUGCAGUUGAACAUUGUUAAGCAGGGACGGCCUAUCCGUAACCAUUACUGUGACCAGAUUCAUUCAAGCAGUGUUUGUGCAACUAAUUUCUGUUUACAAUUGUCGGAUUUUAGUUAGAGAAUCAACAACGACGUCAUUUGAUUCAAAGAAUAAGUAAACUUGUAAUAGUUGAUAGUGUGCCAUGCCAGCCAAAAAUCUUGGUACUGAUGACUGAAAGCUGACUUUGGUAUUUCCGACCGGUUUAAACGUACAUAUUCAUCUACUAUUCACAUAUCACAUCCCUUUUUCACUAUUCCUUCACUUUACUGUUGAGGUUGCAGACACAUACAUAUUCAAAAUAGAAAAUAUUUAUUUUCUCCGUUUCACCUCUGCGAGGAUUAUUUAGAAUUAGUGCUAUUGCUCUUGUUGAUCAGGCUUCGCAAAUUAAAAUCUUCAGUUUACACUGAUUUUCUAUACCGUGUUAAUUUACCAUAACCCCGUAUCAACCUCACUUAUUUGAAGGAGAACAUAUACAUAUUUAUAUACGACGAAUCUCAGUCUACUGUUUUUCAGAUAAAGCUCCACUUAUUUUCAAAGAGUCGUUGUAAGAGUGAAAAUUGUUAGCAUUAAGGCCAUUUGUAAAUUGGCAUUUAGUGGAUUUGAGACCCCAACCAACGGCGACAAUGUUGAGCAUCCAGAGAAUUUCGUACGAUCUCUUUGACACCUUCAGAUUAUUCGCGUUCCAUUUAUACACCUACACAGAGUACGUUUUCAAAAAGCUCCUUCCACGACCACCAAAGUCACUUGAAGGCGAAAUCAUUUUAGUCACCGGAUCAGGCAGAGGCAUUGGACGAUUCAUUUGUCUGGAAUUGGCUAGUCAUGGAGCUACAGUUGUUUGUUGGAGCAAAAGCCCUGGUCCAAAUGAAGAGGUUGCCCAACAAAUUAGACAGAGAGGGGGCAAAGCUUUUGCGUACAGUGUGGACGUCGGUGACAAGAAAGCUGUAGAACAAUCGGCUAACUUGGUUAAGAAAGAAGUUGGAAAUGUUACAAUUGUCAUCAACAAUGCCGGAGUGAUGAAAAUCUCACCAUUUUUGGACACCAGUGAGACAGAUGUCGAAUCAAUGUUCAGCGUCAAUAUCCUUUCUCACAUCUGGGUUAUUAAGCAGUUCCUACCAAAGAUGCUGGAAGUGAACAAAGGUCACUUGGUCUCCGUUUGUUCAGCAGCAGGACUUUUACCUACGAGGAACUUGGUGUCGUAUAGUUCAACUAAACAUGCUGUUCAUGGUCUUUAUGAUGCUCUUCGUGAUGAACUGCGAAUGAGAAAUGACAACAAAGUCAAAAUUACAAGUGUUUACCCAUUCUAUUGUUCCACUGCAAUGCUGGAUGGAGGAAUACCACAUACCAGAUUUCCAUUCCUGUUUCCAAUUGAUCCUCCAGAGGUCGUAGCUGCUAAAAUUGUUGAAGGAAUCCGAAGUGAGGUGGAAUAUUUGUACACUCCAAGGUUGGUGGGUUGGCUGGCAAUGUUUUCAUGGAUUGUCCCGUUGAGAGCAGUCGAUGCGUAUGGUGAUUUUUUACAUUUACAAAUUGACCCCGCCCCAGUGCAAAAACAACCACAAACUUGCACAAAAAACAAUUUUUUGAAUGGAAGUUGUGCAAAUGGACACAGUGUGAGAGGUUGAAACAACAUGAGGUUAUUUCAUUGUAUCGGCUUCGCCAUUUCCAAAAAUACGUAUGAUAUAGACCACAAAGUGGACUAUCUAUUAUUGAAUAACCAAUUCUGCUGAUCAUCAAUAUCCUUUUAUCCAGAGGGGUGUUUCUCUUGUACUAUCAAAGUAUAAAAAGAUCUGUCAUGUCGUUAUAUUUAUAAUUUUAAUGAGCUUUUAGACUAAUUUUGUAUGAAUAAUUACUUAAAGUAUUAAGAUGUUAUAUCGCAUGCAAUUUUAUAAAUAAAUUUGUUACGACAUUGUUCAUUUAUUAACAAAC